UCAAACAGUUUGCAAGACUGUUAAUUAGCCAUUUUGUCAGCAUUGGGCUGAUCAUCUCAUCAUUAGUGAUUAUAAGCAUCAUGCAGAAGCUUACCUCGCCACCAGCCAGCUCCUCACUGGAACCUAAGCCCUUCAGACCAUUAAAACAAAGUAUCUACCAUGGGAUACUCAUUUUGCUAAGAUUAAUUAGGUAACAUAAAAGAGUCAAAGACAGCCAUGUGUUCAUGGCAAUUGCUGCUUCCCCUACCUCUCUUGACAGAGCUCAAAACAGUUCUCCAACUUAGAAGUAGGAAAGAAAGACAGAAGUAUCAAUAGCUUCUUUUGUACAAACAUUGAAUAAUCUGCUUUUCCAGAACAGGAGUCAGUCCAGGACUCUUUUAUCAUCUCCCACUGCAAGUUCCUUUAUCAUGCAUGGCUGGAAGCAAGCCUCCAAUGUUCCCACAUGGUCAACCAGAAGCAGGCAAAGAAAAUCUGCUCAUAACUUUUACAGCCAAUGUAUAGUUUUUAUUUGAUUUGCUAGUUCUAUAGUUGGCCAAAAUCAUUUAUAAAACUCUACAUCCAGCGAUCUCUGGGACUCUGACUGUUUCCUGAGAUAGGCAUAUUUUUCCUUCCUUCCUUUACCAGUAACAGCACACACAGCAUCUGGGAACUGAAUGAUUCAUGGGGCCAGAGUUGGUAUGAAGUCCCUAGUCCUUAGUUUAAAUCCAUUUAGUUUGAAGUGCUGGAAAAGUAGUUGCUACUCUCUACUCCAUACAAGGGAAGUGUGGGUUUUGAGUCCAAUCCCAAGGAAGAUAGGAGGCUAUUGUACAUAGUAGAGUCUCGUCUACACAUUCAAGAAAUAGAAAACAUUGUUUAGCUUGAGUGUUUUUCAAUUGGUAUAUAGUUAUACACUUAGAAAAAUUAAAGUUAAUGAAUCCAAAAUGUUAGUAUUUAAGUGUGCACAAGGCAACACAAAUUAGUCUAACAUUCAGACUAAUGGUUGAACUUGAGUGAUAUUAAUAUAAAUAUAAUAUAAAUAUGUAAAAGCAUCGCUAUACAUAGCAUUCUUUAACUUUUUGUGUUUAAAUAUGCUUAAUAUUUCUUAAAAUUAAAAUGUUCUCACAUGUAUAUUGUUAUGUCAAUUGAGAUAUAAAGGUAAAUUUUAAAUUUAACUGUAAAGCAAUGAUAUAAGAAGUCACUAGGAUAAAAGGGGGAAAUGGUCUGUAUAUAGAUUUAGAUUCUAAAAAUUGGUACUUAGUGCUUUGAAAAUUGCUAACUAUCAACUUAGGUGAAUUUCUACUCUCUGCAAGAAGCUUUUUCCUGUCCUCCUUAAUGCUGGUGCCUUCUCUCCAAGAUCACUUCCAAGUUAUCCUGUCUCUAUCUUGUUGUUAAAGAGUUCUUUACAUGUUUUCUCCCCUAUUAGAAUAUGAUUUUCUUAAGGAUAGGGACUGUUUUUACCUUUCUUUGUACCCGCAGCACUUGGCAUUGUGUCUAGAACAUAGUAAGGAUUUAAUAAAUCCUUGUUUGUGAUCACAGUGGCCUACAUAGUAAGAGUUCAGUGUCAACUCUGAAAAAUAAAUUACCCAAGAGCCAAAAGAGGUUAGAGUAAAAAGUUUUACAUUGUCAACUCUGAAAAAUAAAAUGAAAUGAAAUAAAAUAAAAUACCAAAGAGCUCACAGAGGCUAUAGUCAAAAAAUCUUGAUUCCAUUAGAGGAGGGAAAGACACAUGGGCCAGGGCCUGGCCUAGGACUGAGGAGACUCAAGGCAGUGAGGUUAAGCCUUCAUGCAUAUAGAGGUGGGAGGACAAAGAAUCAUGCAGUGAGGUUAAGAACAGCAGUGAGGUGUAACAGCAACAAUGUGGCAAGUUUGCCUAGUGACAAAAAGUCAAUUCAUAACAGGGCUUCAUGACCGGGUUUGUGGUUCCUGCAGGUGCUUGCCCAAGCUCAGGGACCACCUGGGGCUGGUUUGAGACAAUUCCGCAAUUUAACUGCAGCAGAAUUCAUCCAGUGCGUGAGUGCAAAAGACUGUUGUUAUGGAAGCUCAUGGCACAGUUUGCUUGCUAGGCUUUAGCUCUGAAAAAUAAGGUAUCUCCUAAUAAUAAGAAAAGAGAGUAGUACUCUUGGUGUGGGGGUCCUGAUGAUACUAAGUAUUGAAUGAAUGGAUGAAAAUCAAGAGCUCCAGUAGCUAUGUGAUUGGGAGAUAACAUGAUAUAGUAGAAAUAACUAUACUAUUCCUUCCAGAAAUAACCCAUUCUACAUUGUGGAUUUGUAUAUAGUUUGCUGAUGAGAUACAUGUUUUUUCCACUCUCUAUCACCAUCUUAGUAAUCAGGAAACAAGCAGCUGAAAUAUAAUCACUGCAAGAUAAUCAGUAAAUUUCGAAAUUGUGUCACACUUUGAAAGUAAAAGUAUACUGUAAUGAAGUAAGGAUGUAAUUGCCAAAAAAAAACCCCGCCCCAAACCCUCAAACUAGUAGAGUAGUCUGCAUGAGGUGUUACAGGGAAAAAGAUAAAUGGAGAGUAAGAUUUGGUUAAUAUUUUUCCAGUAUCAUGUGGGAUAUCCACAUGGUAGACCCUCUCUACUUAACUUUAUGGCUAAGAGUUCAACACUGCUUCCCAAGGUAGAAUGGUCAUAUAGAAAGUAGGUCCCUGAGCCAUCAGGGGUUGCUUCUAUUACUGGAGCAACUUGUUAAUUAGAAAACUGGUUAUCUACCAAUUAGAGGUGUUUUUUUUUUAUAACUCCCUUAUGAGAAAGUGAGGAAGCAUUAUUAGUUUAAUCAAGAUGACAUACUAUAAGUGAUUUUUCUAAUACCUAGCUAGGUUAUAUGAGUAUAACUGAAAUUUUAAUUGAUUUUUUUUUUAAAGAAAAAAGAAGAAAAGAUAAUUUCAGCCUCUACCUGCCUCUUUUAAAUUAUAGUUUUCCUGCAUGUUCAGUUUCAAGUAAGGGAAAAACCAUCUACAAGCUGCAUCAGUCAAAUAAAAGCAAAAGAAGCUAAAAUAAAGAACGUAAGAGACUUGUUCCUUGCUUCACUAAGAAAUUAUAACCACAUAUAAACUGAGGAAGUAUACUGUCCUUAAAGGGAAAAAAUAGCCUCACGAUUCCUUAUUAAAGCAUUAAUUAUAGAUAAUGACAAGUCCAUUACACACAAAUAGAACUGGAUUCACAUAGACUAAGUAUUUAGCUCUUUUAGUGAGUGUACAGAAUACUGUCAAGAGAACAGACAAUAAAAAAAUCACAGUGAGCAUUUGGUCAGCUCUAGCUCACUUACAAAGGCAACUCAGCCUUUCCCCUGGCUGGUCGCGGGGAGCCUGCACGAUGCCCGAAGUCACGGUGAAGGACGUGAACCAGCAGGAGUUCGUCCCGGCCCUGGCCGCCUUCCUGAAAAAGUCCGGGAAGCUGAAAGUCCCCGAAUGGGUGGACACGGUCAAGCUGGCCAAGCACAAGGAGCUGGCGCCCUAUGACGAGAACUGGUUCUACACGUGCGAGGCCUCCACCGCCCGCCACUUGUACCUCCGAGGCGGGGCGGGGGUGGGAUCCAUGACCAAGAUCUAUGGCGGGCGCCAGCACAACGGGGUCAUGCCCAGUCACUUCAGCAGAGGCUCCAAGAGCGUGGCCCGGAGGGUCCUGCAGGCCCUGGAAGGCCUCAAGAUGAUGGAGAAGGACCAGGAUGGGGGCCGGAAGCUGACACCUCAGGGACAGAGAGACCUAGACAGAAUCGCCGGACAGGUGGCUGCUGCCAACAAGAAACAUUAGGACAGACCACACCGGAUUCACUAAUAAAUUGCCUUGUUCAUAAAAAAAAAACAAAACAAAAAACAAAACAAAAAACAAA